AUGCUUAAGACACUAACCAAGGAAGAUGAGGAAGAGAUUGAGAGGGGAGAGAGUGAUGACUCUUCACAAGAGGAAGGAGAAGAAGUCAAUCAAGAAGUUGAGGAGAGUGAGCAUGAGAGCAAUGAGAAUGUGCCCAUGGAAGAGGAGGAGUCAGAGGAAGAAGAGGAUGAGCUCCCCAUGUACCAAGAGCACUUCUCCAUGGACUUUGUGGAGACCAAGUACCCACAUGAUGACACAAUGAGGGCUCUUGGGAUCUUUGAGGAUGUGGAGCUAGUCCUCAAGAACAUGCGCUUGGCCAAGUUCUUCUCUUACCGCUUGGAGUCAUACAAGGAGCUCACUUGUGAGUUUUUGGCGUCAAUGAGGUUCCACAAGUACAAGCAGCUCGAUCGAGCUGAGUUGGAUCAAGGUUGGGGAUGGAUCACGUUCUUGGCAAGGGGAAAAGGAAGGUGA